AUGCCAAAGACACCUUCGAUUGGACAGGAUGCAGCUACAAGCGUGGAGGAGUCGGCAUGGUUUUGGGCUGCUCCGAAUUGGGGCCUCGUCAGCAGCUUUUGCCGCAAGUGGCAAGGCAAGCGCAGAUAUCAUUGCGUGGACGUAUUUAGCGCGAGCGGAAGCUUCUGCAGGAGAUUCCAGGAAGAUGGAUAUGAAGCUGUAGCUUAUGACAUAAAGUCAGACUCAACUUCGGACAUCACUACAAGGUCUGGCUUUUUAAAACUCCUGGAUCUCGGUAUGGCGACUCUCGACAGCGCCUUCCUACCAUGCGCGCCGCCAUGCAGUCUCUUCGUAGGCAGAGAUAUCAGGGCAGAGAUUUUGGCACAUGCUGAGAGGGUCGCUCAAGAUGGCGUAUACCUUGACUUUGUGGACCUUCUCCUCUAUUCUCACAUGGAGAACAUCAAGCUCAGCAUCAUAUCCAACAUACCAGGAGAAUUGCGGCCAGUUUCUUUGGUAGACUUUUUGACCGAGACCGGGUUGCAAUCCGUUCUUGAUUUUCCUGUGCCCAGAAAAACUGCUCAAAGAGAUUGGUUCAUCAUGCUCACAAACAUCAACUGGUGUCCUUCACACGACGCUUUGUCGUUGCAUCAUUGGGUUCCUGUCUGGAAGUGCUCCCAGACAGAGGUUCAGGAAUCCAGGGAUCGGCUGGACACAGCUUACGCCAAGCAACGCAGAGCAUUGGGUGACAAGAUGGCGUCUGCAGAUGGAGAGGAUAUCCAAAGUAUCAUGGAGCUGAUGCGUAAACAAAUGACCAUUCAUCUCGACCUCACUGAUGUUCUGGACCGAUUGAACCAAAUGAAAGAUGCAGAGGGCAAUUUGUUGGCAGAUGGCUGGGUUGUGCGGCCAGCAAGAGGUGAUGGAAAUUGUGGUUUGUGGUCUUUGAUUGCGUUGGCCAGGGGAGCCCCAAAUAUGGCAGAUACCAGUGAUGCUGGCACCAUUGAAGAGAUGCAUGCUAUGCGUGCAACCUUGGCGGCUGACUGGGCUUCUGUCUCUGAGAAUCCAGUCUGGCAUGAAUUGUGGAAUGGACCUCUGAGAAACAUGAGAAACAAUGAUGCUGAACAAGAUGAACAAGGUCAUGAUGGUCAUGGCAGACUUCAGAUGAAAACAGAAUCAGUUGCGAAGAAAGAAGAACGAUUACGCACUGUGCUGUCCAACCUGACCGCUCACAAAAAGCAUGAGAAGAUUGAGAAGAAAGGUACCAUCGGUGAGGCAGAAUGCGCAGCACGCUCAGAAGAUGGAGCACGAACACUGCCAUUGGUCGUUCCGCGUGGUCGACAGAACCAGACUCCAAAGAUUGUUGACCGGAAUGACCCAGAUGAUCCAAACAAAGAUGACAAAGGAGUGAAAAAGGUCAAAGCUGACAAGUCUGUGGUCGUGAAGAGGGAGAGAGAUGAGAAAGACCAAAAAACCUCCAGUGAGACCUCUUCAGGGAAGGAUGGGAAAGUGGCUGUGAAGGGUGAGAAGAUGAAGAUCGAUAAGGAUGAGAAGUGUCCAGCUACGACAUCCCAAUCUUCGCAUCAGAUGCAAGAGCAGAAGGUGAUUGCAACGGGCAGCCAGGAAACCAAAGCGAAGAAAGAAGAGAUUCCAGGCUGUGGUGACGUUGUGAAAGUGGAGGUGAAAGGUGAAGAUGGUGAAGAUGAGGAGAUGUCACUGAUUGAGAUGUCAGUUCCUCCCAAAAGGCCAUAUCGAAAGAAAACCACAGAGGAGAAAAAACGGAAAGAGAGACGGCUGGCUGUUACGUCAGUACUUGCGGAAAAAUGCAAAGUCACAUAUCGUGAUUGGCACAGGGCUCAUUGCAAAGCAGCGCCAUUGAAGGGGGCAGCGCAUUGUGAGGGAUCUGGAUGGGGUGCUAUGUUGCAGAAUUUGCUGAACAAAGAUUUGCCAAAAUGCUCCACGUGUUUGAAACUCCUCUCAAGCCGCGGAGUUCACGAGGCCUCUUUGGACAAGUUUUUUGGCAUGGUGGAUAGUUUUGAGAAGCUAACCCUCAUCCAGAAUGAGAAUAAAAUCCCAGAUGACGAAGGUGCUGCUGAGAAUGGUCAGGAAUUGAUGUCCAUGGAUGUUGAGACCGCAGGAAAUUCUUCUGAUCUUGCAGCUGUGGACGCUGAUGAAGAUGAUCAAGAUGAUCCCGCACAUGGAGCCGACAGGAAGCGCAGGAAGACUACGAAGCCUGUUGAUGUUUGUGCCAUGGUUAGGGGCCUCACACCAACACUUGAUCUCUUGGAGCCAGGCCUACAUGGCAAGCGCUUGCCUGUUCGUUGCAACAUUUGCAAGCGGUCCAGACGAGGAGAGGUUAUCUUUGACAUCAUCAAUGGGAGAAGUCCUGGUUUGUUGUUGCAGCACCUGCGAAGUGCUGGCCAUGUGAGGGCCAUGUCUGACCAGAAACAAAAGAAUGGUCAGAAUGCACGGAAGUUGGAGAAUCAAGAGGGUGCCAACAAUGAUGGACCUGGUGGCGGUGAUGAUGGUGAUGGACCUGGAGGAUCUGGGGGUCAUCGUGAUGAUCGCCAUGAUCCAGACGGUGAUGAUUUCGGCCAUGGCCCUGAGGAUCCUGAUGGUGAGCACGCUUCCCUUGAAGCAAAGCUUCCAUGUCAAAGCUGGAGUUUGAAUGAGGCUCCUCAAAAUCAGAAGGUGACCAAAUUGCCAGACACGCUUAGCUUGUACGCCAGCCUCAACAACCGUCAGGGCAUCAGAGACGUGGAUCUAGCUGUUGAACGGCAGACUGAUUCAUCUUGGCUGCAUGAUUACAAUUUGGACAUGAACACAGGAGACAUCACGAUCAGGCACCGAAACUGCAAUUCCCUGGGCGUGUCUAGGCCAGGGCAGUCUGGAACUUCAAGAGUCAUUUGUCAGGAAUGCUGGUCUUUGGGCAACAGCCGCUUUCUUGUGAAGACAUUGACCAGGUUUGCUACGAAAUAUUUUGCUGCAGUGCUUUUGAGGGCAAGGCUUUUCAGACCAGAUGAUGUAGAGAAGGUCCUCACGCAGCUCAGGGGUUCAGAUAUGUAUCACGCAGGACACCAGGCUGAGAUUGAGGCAGUGUGUUCGAUGGAAGUGGAAGUCUUGCAGCGCUUUGUGCGUUCAACUUUCAUGAGCGUCCCUGCAAGGGUCCAGUCUGACUCCUUCAAGCUCUUUCUGUGCACUGUAGUGAAACCUUGUGUGGAUGUGAGUUCAAACACUUGGAAUUCGCAGGUCAUUGUCCAGAGUGAGGUCCUGGCCAAACAUCUCUCCAACCAAACGCUCCGAUCUGUUCAGGACAUCGAAAUGAAACUUGCUUGCAAAGUCGCCAAUGGGGCUUUGCGAAACCACAGCAUGCUCCAGGGACUUUUGAUCUCCUUUUUGGCCAUGGCUGAACGUCGAGAUCGUGGUGUCCAGACCAUGCGGAACCUACAGCUGGCCCCAAGGGAGCUUGAGCUGGUCGCUGAAGCCGGCGCAGCCCUGUCAAUGGCUGCGUCAAACAAGCAAGUCUUGAAGAUGUUUGGCAUGGCCUUUGCUGGAGGAAAAGUGAAAAUGACAGACCUUCAUGCCGCAAGCCUCCCUGAUCCAUUCAUGGCAAACCUUGAGACUGAGAUUCUUGGCACGAAUGCGCAUCUGAUCGAGACCAUGUUCCGGAAAGAAGCUACAGCUCCAAGUCGCAGGCUGGUCAUGGCAAUAGAUAAAACCUAUGCCCUCAAGAGCCUGGACAUCGUCCAAAACAGGCUUGGCAAGUGUUGGGUUGGAAGCGCAUACAUGCCGAAUGAGGAUCCAGAAGACAGGCCAGGCUGCAAUGGAUACAUCAAGUUGCGGGAGCCUUCAGAGGAGGACGAUGAAAACGAUCCCUGUGACAUGGUGCUGAACACUUCAAAAGUCACGCGUGCUCAUGAGAUCAUGGAGUGUCUGGUUUGGGACCCAGUUUUCGACAACCACGGAACACACACCUUGGUCAAGCAAAUUCUGCUUGGCAACACCACGUGUGUUUCACAGAAGCAGCUCUCGGAGAUUGAAUGGUUUUCCAGGCUCACCUACAAGACAAUGCCGGACAGUGUGAUUGGAAACAUGAACUUUUCGCAAGCGUUCAUUGAUGGAGAUGCAUUUUUCUGCCUCAAUGGCCCCCUCCAUUUGCAGAAGAACUUCUGUUCGGCCCUCCGGGGGGGCGGCUCGAUCUAUGUGGGAGAUUUGUUUGUGGACAUUUCUGGACUCACUGAGCUAGACCUCCCACCGGCACCAUAUGCAGGCUACGACAGCCAAAGCGACCUUUUGGCUGCCAUGCUCUUGAACCCAUUCCACUAUGUCACCAAGAUUCCGGAUCAUGUAGGUGAUGUCCGGGCUCCUGGGAAGGAUUUCAACGGCGAUCUUUUGAUUCAUUUGUUUUUGUUCGAUUUCAUUUUUCGCAACAGACUGACUGUUGGGAACUGA